UCUGACCAAGCCCAGUCGACUCGACUCCAAGCUAAUAAGGAACAUAAUCUGGAACAACAAAACAACAAGAACAAGAAACUUGGACCACAAAACGAGAAUAGUUUUCCAUCAAAGCAAUGGCACCCAUGGUUACUAAUAAUCAACCCUCUACAUCGAAAUUCGAAGUUUCAGAGGAUGUCGUCAGUGAACGGCACCUUCGGAAGCGGCUUGCCGCCAGAGUCCGGCAGCAGCGUUGUCGUGCUCGGAAGCGAGAAGCCAAGUUGGCAAAGACCCAACGCAAUGUGAAAGCUCCUCGACCUACCGCUCAGCAUCAAAUCGUGAGAGGACCUGUUUUGAUUCGCAGUCCACCACCACACAUAUCGCCUCGUAUGUCAAUGACACUGAUGCAUCACCCAACCUCCCCAUUCAUCAUGUAUCCAAGAAGGAGCGCACCUUUCGCGACCCCUGGAGCCCCGCCUCCUCCAACCAUGUACUCGCCACCACCACCUCCUCCUCCCAUUGGAAUGGGAAAUGGUGCUUUUCAUCGACGCCGGCCCAUGCAUAAAGACAUCAUGUCGGAAUCGGUCUUGGCCCUGAGUAUGAGCCGAAGUCCAGUUAUGCGUCGUCCUCCUCCUUUGGUAUCUCCUCCCCAUCCAUCCACAACGGCUAUGCCCCACACAAGAUUGUUUAUUCCGCACAUUCCCCGAGUGUCCCCUGUGGAUCAGUCAAAUAAGAAGUUUGGCAUGGUUCCUCUGCUUCCUGAUCUGGUGGUAGAUCGUUUGGAACGAAAGGAGGAAACUGCCAUUGACGCCAUGCUUUCUCUCCAUCGAUCUCCAUCCAAGACUGAAGCCUAAGUUUGGACGAGGUAUUUCGGAUAUCAAAUCUUGAGGUGUCCCUUCUCUUGUCACGAGACGCUACAAUUUCAUUCUUUCUUUCAUUUUCUACACUACACCCACCAUCCUAUGCUGACAUUUUCCGCCUGUGCACUGAUGCUGCUGUCUGCAGGUUCGAAUGGCUUCAGCUUUGUACUGAAUGCAUGGGGAACAACCAGAUCCUAUCCUAAACUAGAAAUCAUACAUAUAGAUCUUCAUGGUAAUCUUCUCCUACUAGCUACACGUAUUAGUUGCCUUUGGAAGCCC